GUCCAGGGAGUGGCGGUAAUUAUCAGUGCCGUUUUGGCUUCCCCGGCCCGGGACGCCCUCGGAGGACGGCCCGAGUCGCAAAACCGCGCGGCGGCCCCGAAUCCCCACGCACUCGCCGUGCGGCGCGGUCGCCACACCGCUUGGGGUCUCCCAUUGAGCUGGCUCGCACGUUUACAUCCGUCUGGGGCCCGGGCAGAGGCGCCGGCCUCUGCGCGGCGCGCGGCGCCCGCGGGGGCGGCCGUCGCCGCGCGGCCGCCGGAGCCGGCAGCGGCACACGGCGCGGAGCGGAUGCACGUCUGGGUCAUGUGGGACUUUCCCAACGGGGUGCCGACAACCUACCGGCUGAACGUGCGAAGUUGGCUACGCCACGCUAACGCCGAGCAGUUCGACCUACACCUGGUCAAUUCCACCAGCAUCAGGGACUGGCUCCCAGAUCUGCCAGUGGAGUACGACAUGCUCUACCAGCAGGCGAAGAGCGAUUUUCUGCGGGCUGCAAUGCUGGCAACUUACGGCGGAGUCUACAUGGACGGGGACAUGAUAUUGAACGAGGACCUGGAGAUCGUGUUCAAGGAGUUGCUCUCGGGAGAGGCCGAGGUGAUGCCAUACCUGUUUGGCGCCCAGGCCUGCAGGAAGAGUUUCUCGACCAACUUUAUUGCCGGCUCCAAGGGCAACAGGCUGAGCAGCGGCUGGUACAGGCGGGUGCUUGAGAAGCUCAACUCCACCUGCCGAGACUGGAUGAAGCCGGGCGACAACGGGGCUUCUGACGGCAAGAACAGCUACGGCUGCUGUUACAAUCCCGACGGCACGCGCCGGAAGAAGUGCUACAUCAGCUUCGGCGGGAUCGGGGACGACUCUGCGCACGAGGUGAUGCGCGAGCCGGGCGGGCAGGAGGUCCGCGUGAGCUGCAUCCCUCAGGACCGCGGGAUGGCCGCGGAGAAGAACGGUUGCGCGGGCGAGCUGCUGUGGAAGCGGCUGCUGCCAGGCCCUCCCGCCGGCUUCGCGCUGGGGGAGGGGAAACGGAGGCCGUGGGGCGACGUGCCCAAGCCCGACAAGAAGUGGGAGGCCUGCUGGCCAGGGCUCGGCUCCGACCUGGAGUGCACGCAGUCGGGCAUCUACCGCGGCUUCUUCGGGCGGGUCGGCUACCACCUCUUCAACAACAUCAACUCGGACUUGCUGAGGGGGUUCGAGACAGAGGAGAGGCGCUGCUGCAGUCCGAGUCCGUGGUCGCGGAGAUCUACCGCCGGGCCGUGCAGGGCGAGCAGCCUCGCCCGGACCCGCGGCUGGCGGCGCUCUUCCCGCACGGCAUCGCCCGGUGGAGCAUCCCCGCCGGCAAGGCGGCCGAGCUGGCGAGGUGGUCCGCCACGCCGGGGGGGGGGUAGGCUGAGAGGGAACCUAUCCCGUGUCCGUGGGGGGGUCGCGGAUUUCCGCCGCCGAGCGAGGCGGCAGCGGCCGCAUUCUGGGGAGGGCACCUCCCCCGAUCCAUGGAUUUGGCGACCGUGCGCCAAAUCCAUGGAUCGCUAAUCCAUGUGUGCGCGCCCUGGCACUGGGGUCGCGCUCGUGGCCUCGGCCGAGCUGGCCUGGCACGGAGGCAGGUCCGCGCAGACCUCCGCAGGUGUGUGCUUGUGCAGUUUUCUCUUGUUCUGGCCCAGCAGCUGAAGAUGCCCUGGCUGGCGAACCGGUCGGACCGAUCCUACGAGCUCCGCGCGGCGCCCGACCAGAA